AUGUCGCACGCUGCGGGCACUGCGGGCUUCUCUGGCCUGGCACCCUCGUCCAGCAUCAACGUCGGCGGUGGCGCUGGCUUGCGGCGCAACGGCGGCCAUGGCGGUACGGGCGGCAAUCCGCUGUACGCGGCGGCGGCGCGGAUACCGCUGAUCAAGUCGCCGUCGGUGUCUGUGCCGCCGCCGAUCCGUCUUCCCGCCGACCUGCAUCCGCUGCCGCCCGACAUCCGGGCGUACUUUGUCUACCCGUUUUCGCUCGAGUCGUACGUGCUGGACGCCAACACGCCGUCGUCGUCGACGAUCGAGGAGCUGCAAAAGAGGUACGACGACUACCUGCGGAUGAGGCAAGAGGAAAAGGAGGCGGAGAAGAGGGAGGUGCUCCGGCGGAUGGCACCUGGCUGGGCCGAGGGGGGCGGCGGGAUCAUGGUGCCGGAUUCGACCAGGAACAAGAUCGAACCGCAGACGACGCCGGGCACGGGCCACCAAGAGGGACAGCGACAAGCGCAGCAGGAGAGGGCGCCCAUCGACGACCUCGUCGAUCAUCUUGCCAAGCUCGAGGCCAUGGGGGCCAAGCCGGUGGGCGACUCGACGGGGAGGUCGUAG